UUCGGCCAACCGAACUCCCCGGGUUUUCUAUUCACACCACGCCGAGCAACUGGAUUGCUGGAUUUGUUUUUUUUUUAUUCUUUUCAAAUAACAGUUCCCCCCCUUCCCUUCCGCGAUCUCGAUUUUUUCUUAUUUCCGUCCGUUAAACCGAUUAUUUUCACACCUUUAGAUCUAUCUACUCUUAGCCCUGGCCGGCCUCGCAGGACUUACGAAUCCGUUUCCACUGUACUUAAUACAUCCUUCACCUCCUUCGCCAUAGACGGACGGCUGUACAUAUAACUAGACAAACCAGGCAACUACUGAUAGAAGUUACCUUUGAUGUUCAGGUUAUAGCAUUUAGUGCUGUUAUCGUAUGCUUUGGACCGGUGGGAUUAACCUGUCUUAACGAUUUUCAAUCUUCCAUAUGAAAUCGACAAUAGUACUUGCCCUUGUGGCAAGUAUCUCAGCUAUUCCGGCAGAUGCACGUAAUUUACAGAGUAGUACCGGCCGCCCAAAAGUUGUAAGCUUGACCACAGAACGGAAGACCAUAUCCGAUCCAUUAAGAAGAGACCGUUUACGGCGAAGAGACGGUACUUUUAGAGCAACACUAGACAACGAGGAGACGUUAUACUUCGUGAAUGGCACAUUAGGAACGCCACCUCAAUCUAUACGCAUGCACCUGGACACAGGGAGCAGUGAUCUGUGGGUGAACACUGACUCUUCGUCCUUCUGCUCUCAGAGGUCGGAGCCUUGCUCUUUCGCCGGAACAUAUAACGCCAAUUCUUCGAGCACUUAUGAAUAUGUGGGAAGCUGGUUCAACAUUUCUUACGUCGAUGGUUCCGGGGCGAGUGGAGAUUAUGUUACUGACACAAUCAGAAUCGGAGAUUUGGCGCUGGAGAAGUUCCAGUUUGGAAUUGGAUAUUCAAGCAGUUCCGAGCAAGGUAUUCUCGGCAUUGGAUAUGCCACCAACGAGGUGCAAGUCGGUCGAGCAGGAAAGGAUCCUUAUGAGAACCUUCCUAUGAAAAUGGUCUCGGCUGGACAGAUCCAAAGAAAUGCCUACAGUCUUUGGUUGAACGAUUUGGACGCGAACAAAGGCAGUAUUCUGUUUGGAGGAGUCGAUACUGCGCAGUAUACGGGAAGUCUUCAGACGCUUCCGAUCCAAUCCAACGGCCGCACCUUCUCAGAGUUCUUGAUUACAUUGACAUCUCUGUCAGUGGGUGGCAACACCGUCGCAGACAACCAGGCCCUUGCUGUCCUGCUAGACUCUGGCUCUUCGCUUACCUAUCUGCCCGACGAUAUGGUUUCGGGGAUCUAUGAUGCAGUUAACGCGCAGUACGACUCGAGCCAAGGGGCAGCGUACGUGCCGUGUUCCCUAGAGAACGAAUCGGAUACGAUCGACUUCGUAUUUUCCGGGCCGAAGAUCUCAGUGGCAAUGGACGAACUGGUGCUAGAUUUGGUGACGACAACGGGAGAGCGCCCUACGUUCUCAAAUGGUGUGGAAGCAUGUCUGUUUGGCAUUGCCCCAGCCGGUUCGGGAACGAACGUGCUUGGUGACACUUUCCUCCGAUCAGCCUAUGUCGUAUACGACCUAGAAAAUAACGAGAUCUCGAUCGCACAGACCAACUUCAACACGACGGAGUCGAACGUCGAGGAGAUUCCCAGCGGUACGGGCAUUCCUCAUGCUACCGCAGUAGCUAAUGCUGUCACGGCAACGGAGGGAAUCGUACGAGGCACGGGCAGUGGAGGUGCCAACUUAGGUGGUGACACGGAUGGUGCAGCGAUGACGAGCGCGUCUGUUUCGGUAGCGGUCCUAUUCCUAUCCUUUGGAAUUGCUACGUUGGCCACAAUACUAUAAGUGAGAAGAUUUAUACCCCUGUUGUUCGGAUCUGGAUUACGGAUGGCAUUAAAGCAUUUGCAGGGCGUUAGGGUGACAUAAGUUAUUUCGAAUUGGAAAUAGUAGAUUUGUUUUCUUCCAUGGCAUUGAGAUUCCGGUAUAGAAGACCGACGGGACAUCGAAAGUGCAUUAGGAGGUAGUUGCGUGAUAUCCGUGGUAGCGUUCUUUCGCUUAACAUAGCCAUGUCGAUGGCGGAGAUUUAGCACCAAGCUUAUACGGAAUUUUACAUAAAUUCAUAUAGAGAUUAGACAUUAAAUACCUACCUAUAUUUAUCGUGUACAGAUUUUUUUAAA